ACAUAUCCCAUUCUCCGCCCGCCUCCUUAAACCUUCGAUCGGCGCCGCCAGCCAUAGCUUUCAGCCGUCGGUCAGAAAGCUUCACUGCAGGAGGAGGAGGAGGAAGAGGGAAGAUAAAAGAAGCUGGUCUUCUGAUCACUUCACCGCCAUAGCUAUUAGCAGCUGAAGAUGUUUCGGUUCAAGUUCUUUAUGGAGUCGCUGCAAUUCUCUCUGUCAAUGUCCCUCAGAUCCCUCUCGACGUCCGUGUCCCGACCUCCGAAAACACUUACGGCGGAGUACCUCAUCAGCUCCCAUGGCUUCCCCCAGGAGGCAGCGCUCACGCUCGCAAACAUCGUCGCCGAGCGUGGGAGAUCCGGCGCAAGGUUCGACUCCGUCAUCACACUCUUCAAAAAUUACGGCUUUACCCCCGCUUCCAUGGCCAGCAUCUUCAUCUCCUACCCCAACGUGCUCUCGGCCAAGGCUCACGGGAACAUUAAGCCGAAGCUCGACUUCCUCUCUAAGAGCGGGUUAUCUGGCGAUACCUUAGUUCAUGUCAUCUGCAACGACCCCUUCAUCCUCAUGAGAAGCCUCGAGGGCCACCUUGCCCCCUGCAUGAACUCCCUCAUCAAAUUCUUCGGCAGCAGGGAGGACCUUGUGUCGCUGUUCCUGAAUAAGCGUGGAUCUUGGGCUCUCCGUAACUAUUCAGAAGCUAUGGAGCUCAACAUCAACACUUUGCGGGCCUUCGGGGUGUCCAAUUCGGGCAUCGCCAAGCUGAUUACUCUUCGGGUUAGGGCGCUGUCCAGAACUCCGAGCGAGUUCAGGGCGAUUCUCGAUAAAAUCAAGCAAAUGGGGCUCGACCCUUCUUCCAUGAUGUUUAUCUAUGGGGUCUGCAGCUGUGCAGGGAUGAAAGAUGAGAAAUGGGAUGCCAAAGUGAAUGUCUUUUACAAAUAUGGGUUCUCCGAAGCUCAAUUCAGAGCCCUGUUUGUGAAGCAGCCCGGGAUUAUGAAUUCAUCCAUGAAGAGGCUCGAGAAGAUGUUAAAUUAUUUGAUGAACGACCUUGGGUGGACCGUCGACUAUAUUACUAGCUAUCCUAUUGUCCUGAUGUCGAGCUUGGAAAAGAAGAUUAUGCCUAGGGUACAGGUUUUUAUGUUUUUGCUUUCGGAGGGUCUCGUCAAGCAAACGGCUGUAGGUCGCGCGGCUGUAAUAUCCGAAGCCGAGUUUUACAAGUUCUUUUUGGUGCCUCACGGGGAGAAGCUUCCCCAGAUUCUGGAAAUGUACAAAAGCAAGAAAGUUCUCUCAUCCUAGCACGGCCACUCCAAAGUUAAGGAACCAAGAAUCAAAGUGGGAGAAGGAGAGCUCCUGUAAGAAAACAUUUUGAUCAAUCGCUUAAUCCCCUGUUGAAGCCUAGAAAUGAUUUUCUGUUGACGAAGAGAGGCCAUCCUUUCUAUUCUUCAUGAAAGUGCACGCAAUCUUUAUCUCGGGUUCAGUGGCGUGCGGGCUUAUUGUUACUUCCGCUAUUGGAAAUGGGAUCCCCGGAUGUCGAUCUCUGCAAUAGUGAGACAAGCAAAAAGGGCUGAACUGAAAAUUUCAACUGGGAUUCAUCAAUUGGUGAAGGGGGUGGCUGCAGCAAUUCCUGGGUUGAAAUACUUAAUUCUAUUUCGAGAACAUCCUCUGCAGUUGUAGCGGUUGAUCUUUCUGUCCAAUGAAUUGUGAUGCCGAUCUGUCUGUCAACACUACUACUCUUUAUGUGCAUCUUGUACCUAUGAACAUGUGUAUAUGGCUAUUUGCUGGGUGAGCGACAAUUGACAUCUUCAAUGACAUUAUUUUGGCUUUGCUUCACGUUUUCA